UCGUCCAUUUUUACUGACACGCGCAAUGGAGAAAGAGCCAUCUUGUCUGAAAAGCCGACGUGGCCGCCGGCUAACCGUUUGUUUAAUUCCUCACGAUGUUCAGGCUUCAAUGGGCAAUUGUUGCAUUGGCCCUCUUGAAGAGCAGCUUCUGUACCCCAGAGGUUCCCACCUCCACGAAUUCGUAUCUGAGUCAGAUAGAUAGGGCUAGACUGAGACAAGUUGUCGAACCAGGAUUCAAACUUACAGAUGUAGCUUCAGUAUAUCAUGCUGUCCUGGGGUACAAGCUCCUCAACGAGGCAAUUCCAAAUCCAUCAGACAUUUGCAAUUAUCUAAUCAAGAGCUGUGGCACUGGCUUGGACACAGCCCCAGAAAAUAUCUACUACAUCGUGUCAACGUGGCAGGCUCUGGGCUCAUGCUCUCCCCUGCCCACUGCCACCUUAACUCAGGCAUUGAAUGCUGUAAUAGAGAAAGAGACUUCAACAAUUCCUGACCUCUACCACGCGAUAUCAGCGUACAGCUUCGGACUCUCCCAGAAGUUGUCGGAGUCAACAAUCAACAAACUGGUGAAGACACUGCAGGCUGCCCUGAAGAAGGACGAUAGCAUUGCCAAUCUUGGCUACGUGUUUCAUAUUGCUGCGAUUCUGGGACCUGGUGGAAGCUUCGCUUUAGAGAAGAUUGAAGAUGCGAUCGUUCAAGCUGACGAGGUGGACGGGAAAUACCUGCAGUUUGAAGGCGGUCUUUCGGUCACUAGUCUCGUGGUGACUGGAAUAGCGAAGCUGUCAGCCUCCCAGAAGAAGCCUCCACCAGUGGCUGCUCAUCAGAUAGUGAAGAUCACGAAUUAUCUUCUCUCGAGACGUACCGUCCAGACCCCGAAAGGUGUCGUCAAGCUCGUCUCAGCACUGAAACUCCUCGCAAAUAAUGAAUUCAACAAACCUGUAUGCAUUACCCUGGCUGAGGGUGGAAUCAUCGUAUCUGCUCAGCAGCCACUGGUGAAAGUCAAAGUUUCUGACAUCAUGGGGAAUCCUCUGGUGAUCGUUCCUACAGUAGUAGCCACCUCAGCUACUAGAGUUGGGGAUGAUGUCGUGGUGGUCAGCAAAGAAGCCUUCAAGCCCUCCCCUAAAGACAAGACUCUAUUCACCAUGAAUUUCAUGGAUAUCAAGCCUCAACGUGGAUUCUACAAAAUCCAGGUGUCAGCUGGAAGUGUCAGCAAUACAGUGACUGUCAAGGUAUUGUCAGAGGUGAAGGUGGAUUAUUUGGAAAUUGGAACUGGCGAUGCAGACCAGACAACACAACCGAAGCUAGUAAAGAUCGCCCACCCCAACAAGCUGGGUCACAGGAUCGAGGCUGACUCCCAGCAGAAGCUUGUGAUGCGAUUUUUACUGCGUGAUGCUGCUAAUGACAAGCCCAUUCGGGUGCACCAGGCGUUCGUCCGGCUGUCAGCAGUGGAAUCAUCAGGAAAUGACAAGCAUCUUCGGGAGGUGAUUUUUGUGGCUGAACCCGAUCCCACUAAUGUCUACAAAUUUGAUAUGCCGGUUGGAAGUGCAGCGCAGACCUUCGGCCACCAGCGUGGAGACUACAAUAUUGAAUUGAUCGUUGGAGAUGCCAUCAUAAGCAAUCCUUUCCAGUGGAACGUGGCUGUCGUUGGUCUGAAAUUUCCUGAACGCACUGGCACUGAUGCUGCGAUCACUGACAAAACUCAGGGGAAUAAAUAUCAGGCGAUUACUUACACUCCAAAACCAGAGAUAAAGCAUAUGUUCCGAGAACCUGAGAAGAGACCUCCAGUAUUCGUGUCAAAUCUCUUCACUGGACUCUGCCUGGUGCCUGUGCUUAUCCUCUUUGGACUCUGGGCUAAACUCGGCGUCAACCUAUCCAAAUUUCCAUUUUCUCUCAGUGCUAUUGUAUUCCAUCUGGGACUGGGCGGUAUUUUCGUGCUGUUUGGUAUUUUCUGGCUGAAGCUCAACAUGUUCGUGACCCUUCGCUACCUUCUGGGUCUUGGAGUCGUGACAUUCCUCGCUGGCAGUAAACUCCUCUCUCAAAUUGCACAUGGCCAGAAAUUAUCGCGCUAAUUCUCGACAUAUAUAAAUUAGCAUGAGAUGUAUAUAAGACGUGAUUAAAAAUCCGUCAACAUUUUCAUUCCCACAUUUUUCUCAUAUUUUAUUAAAUAUACACGAUACAAGUGAUGAAAUUACGAUUGUCCAUUUGUACAGAAUUUGAAUAAAAAAUAAAUUAUCAAAAAUG